AUGCCAACCCACCAACGUGACACGGACUGGAAGACGCUGGCCGCUCAGAAGAUUGCAGAGACAUCAGACCAAAUUCGUCCUGAAUGGCUCCUGUCGGAUUCGGAGCUAGAACAGGCACGCAGCAGACGUGAUAUUACUGGAGAUUUCAUUAUGAGCUUCCUCGAUGAGGCAGCUGCAGCGAUCACAGCACUUUCUGCUCUGGAGCUGGCAGAAAGAAUAAAACAGCGCGCCCUGACAGUGAUGGAGAUAACCCUUGCAUUCUGCCACCGAGCAGCAGUGGCACAUCAGAUUGUGAGUACUAAGGGCCACGAGCAGUCUCAAUGUCAUCGAAUAAAUGUCUCCACGAAAUUUUCUUUGACCAAGCAAUUCGGAGGGCCCAGGAGCUUGAUCGCCAUCAAGAGUGCACUGGAACCGUCCUUGGGCCUCUUCAUGGGGUCCCAAUCAGUCUCAAGGACCAAUUCUAUGUCAGAGGUGUCGAAACGACCAUGGGAUACGUCGGUUGGAUAA